AGUCAUGUUUGGACUACCAAAAGAAGCAGAGCAAAAAGUAGAAAGAAACCGAUUUCUAAUGGAUAUGGUAAAGAAUGGAGCUCUAGAAAUUGUGGUGGUAUCUACAGAGGACAAAGACUAUAUGCCCUCCAUGCACGUGCUCUUAGAGCUGCGUGCAAUAUUCCAAAAACAGCUGCCUAAUAUGCCAAAGGAAUAUGUUACUCGUCUUUUGUUUGACAUGAAGCAUCGGUCGAUGGCAAUGAUUGACAAAAAAGAAAAUAAAGUUGUUGGAGGAAUUUGCUACAGGCUGUUCUAUGAUGAGUCUUUUGCAGAAAUAGUUUUCUGUGCUGUAAACAGCGAUUCACAGAUCAAAGGGUAUGGAGAGUUUAUGAUGACAAUGCUGAAAAAGACAGUUCUUUCCGAUUUUAGAGAAAUUGCACACAAGGCAAAUGAGACAUUUAAUGGGCCGAUAUAUCUGCUGACCUAUGCUGAUAACUAUGCAAUAGGGUACUUUAAGAAGCAGGGAUUCACAAAGGCUAUUACGUUUAUUAACUGGAAGGGGAGAAUAAAGGAUUAUGAGGGAGGUACUCUAAUGCAGGGAAAGAUUCUUCCAGAAAUAACACAGAGCGAUAUGUACACAAUGCUUCUAUCCAGAAGAGAAAAGUUGCAGGAGAUUGUAAAGCAGAAGUAUCCAAAUAUGCAGAUAGAGUAUGAAAUGCCUAGCGAGAUUACUGAUAUAAAGGAUAUACCAGGGUUGGCUGCGGCAGGAUUUACAAAGAAGAUAGAAAGGUCACUGGAGUGCAAGGGAAGUUUAAAAGAGCUUUUGCUAUAUCUGUGCUAUGAGCUCCGAAAGCACAAUACAGCAUGGCCGUUCCUUGAGCCUGUUAACCUAAAUGAUGUGCAGGACUACUGCACCGUUAUAAAGCACCCAAUGGACCUACAAACAAUACAAAGCAAAAUCGAGGCAGACCAGUAUAAGUCAUUUGAUGAAAUGGACUCAGAUGUUCAGCUAAUAAUAAGCAACUGCUAUGCGUACAAUCCGCCUGGGUCGCAGUAUGCAAAGUGUGCGAAGUCACUAAACGACUUCUAUCAAGACAAAGUGCAGUGGUGCAGAAAGGCUCUAUCCCAGCGAAGAUAGAAAAUAUACAUACGCAAGGCACAUUAGAUUGCGCAAACUCUUACUAAGCAGCCAGGCAAUUUUCAGUUAUUUGCAGAUAGUGCUAUUUACAAUGAACAACAGAUGCAAAGACUUAUACAGAGCCGCACAAAUAUUUGUACAUCCCAGCAGUUAGAGUCCUAAUAAAAACUAGUUUAAAUAGUUGAGUGCACCUAGAUGCUUAGAAGAGCA